AUGGGUGCUAUUAUAUCCUUACCCAUUACUAUGGGUACAACUUUUGCUGCAUCUUGUCUUGGAGGGUGCUGCUCAAAUUUAUUGUCCAAGACUUUAUCAUCCCUGAGCUCUAGCUCGUUGGGAACAAGACUAAUAUACGCAUGCUGGCUUCUAUUAAACUCUCUAAUAUCAUGGAUAUCUAUGUCGGCCAACAAAUCGUUCCUAUGGCCUGGUAAGACAUGUACGGAUACAGGAGAAUGUGGGUUCUUUACAGUACAUAGACUAAAUUUUGCCCUUGGGUUGAUGCAUGUAAUAAUGGGCGGAAUACUGAUAGGUGUCAAAUCCACUAAAGAUAAGAGAUCUGACCUACAGAAUUCAUGGUGGAGUCUCAAAUUUAUUGCUUAUUUGAUGCUUAUAGUGAUAUCAUUUUUAUUACCAAAUAAUUUUUAUGUUUUCUUUUCUAAAUGGGUUUCGGUACCAAGUGGUGCAAUCUUUAUAUUGAUAGGGUUAAUUUUAUUGGUUGACUUUGCACAUGAAUGGGCAGAGACGUGCAUAUAUCAUGUUGAAAUUGACGAUGAAAAUUCCUCAUUCUGGAAAAAGUUCCUUGUUAUUGGAACAUCAGCAAUGUAUACUGCCUCCUUAGCUAUGACUAUUGUCAUGUAUGUCUUAUUCUGUCAAAAUCACUGUUCAAUGAAUCAAACGGCUGUUACCGUUAAUUUGGUAUUGACAUGUUUAACUUUAAUUACAUCUAUUCAUCCAAAGAUCCAAGAAGCAAAUCCAAAAUCCGGUUUGGCUCAAAGCAGUAUGGUAUCAGUAUAUUGCACUUAUUUAACAAUGAGUGCUAUGUCUUCUGAACCUGAUGAUAAAUACUGUAAUCCAUUAGUAAGAUCAAGUGGAACACGUAACGCAAGUAUUAUUCUUGGUUCUGUCUUUACUUUCGUUGCUGUAGCAUAUACCACCACAAGAGCUGCAGCAAAUAGUGCAUUUCAAGGUGCAGCAUCUAACGGAGAAAUUUAUUUGCCUGAUGAUAAUGGAUAUGACGGUAUAGAGGGCCAAUCAAGACAUCAGCUUCGUUAUGAGGCCAUUAAGCAAGCUGUCGAUGAAGGUUCGUUACCUGAAAGUGCACUUUACGACUCACCAUGGAUGAACGCUAAUCCAAAUAACUCACGAGAUAGUGUUGACGUGAAUGAUGAUGAAUAUCAAGGCACACAAUACAAUUAUUCAUUGUUUCAUUUUAUAUUUUUCUUGGCUACCCAAUGGAUUGCAAUAUUAUUAACUAUUAAUGUAGGGCAAGACGAUGUAGGAGACUUUAUACCGGUAGGUAGGACAUAUUUCUAUUCCUGGGUUAAAAUCGUGAGUGCAUGGAUAUGCUACAUUUUAUAUAAUUGGACACUGAUUGCUCCCGUUUUUAUUGAUGGAUUUAAUGCUGAUGACUAUUGA